AUGAAUUUCUUAAACAUAGGUGAGGUGGAAUUAAACCCACUGCAGAAUCAGAAUGAAGUUUUUGCGAUGCAAAGAGCAACUACCCUCUGUUUUGCAAUUUUGGCUGUCAAAAUGUGUAUGAGCAAGCGGUUCAACAAAACUCCUCAGAGUCCCGAAGAAAUGAAACUAAAAAGCCUUUGGAUCGAGGGAGUCGAUAAAAUCAAAGACACCAGCGGAAUUCCCAAAGGUUUUAACCCAUCCAAGGAAACAGAUGUCAUCGUACAUGGAUACCUAGUCAACAGCUAUCUACCGCUCUUGCAGACCUUAGCUCAACGACUGAAAAAAAAAAACCACAAUGUUUUGUUGAUUGACUGGGAGCUUGGUGCUCAUAGGAACUACGCUCAGGCCGCUGCUAACACUCAAACUGUCGGGGCAUUUCUGUACCAAGUUCUGAAAAAGAACAAAAUUUCCUGGAACAAAGUCCAUAUCCUGGGUCAAGGACUGGGAGCCCAUGUCGCAGCGGAAACAGGCAAAUUAUCGAAAGCAAAAAUUGGCCGAAUUACUGGUCUCGAUCCUGCUGGUCCUCUGUUUGAAGCAUCCUCGUUCGGGAUUAAUAAAGGAUCUGCUCAAUUUGUGGAUGUCAUUCACACGGAUUCACGACCGAACGGUUAUGGAAUUCAAAAGCCAUGUGGUCAUAUAGAUAUCUAUGUCAAUGGCGGAAGGAGACAACCAGGAUGUACCUAUAAUCCAAAGAAUCCUGUAAACAUCCACGACCUUAAAAAGGCGACAAUCUACAAAGCCUGUGGUCAUGUGAAGGCAAUUGGAUAUUACAUCGAGACAAUAAAGGACAGCUAUGUUUGCCCCAACAGUUACAUCUGGAGAAAGGAGCACAAACUCUGCUUUUCAGUGUAUCACAUUGCCCUCAGCUGGCAAGGAGCUGUAGAUUUCUGCCACUCACUUGGUAACAGAACACGUCUGGCUGUUCUGGAUACCGGGGAAAAGAUAGCAACAGUUGCAGAAAACAGUGAUACUAACUAUUACUAUUGGCUUGGAGCAUCAUACAAUCUACCGGGAACUCCUUCGUACGGGAAAGACGCCUUUUACUGGAAUUCUGGUGAACUGGUUGACCCUAGCUUGAUUUCCUAUCUGGAUUUUGGAGAUUGCCUAGAGAUGGACAACUUUGAGCAUCCUGCAAUGAUAGGAUCUUAUACUUGUUCCGAUAGUACACCUAAUCAUAUCAUUUGUGAAUUUGUUCUGUGAAUCGGGAUA